UUGCAGGCGCUAGGCUGGGCCGACUCCACCCACGGAAUAGCACUAACUUUCAGUUGGAUCAUCUGUGCUGUUGGGAAUGUCAGACUCUUCUGGAGAUGAAGGUGCCUUGCAGAUUGAUAUUGGGGGGAGCAGUGAGGGCAUAAAGGGUGGAAGUGGUAAGAUUGUUGCAGGGAAGGCCAAGAAAGGAUGGAAGUCUGGAGACGUUGUCUGGGCGAAGGUCACUGGCUUCAACUACUGGCCUGCACAGGUGUUAGAUGCUGUUGACGACCCACUGGUGCCGCACUGGCUGAAACAGCCACCUAGGCCAACCUUCAUGCUUGUGAGAUUUUUUGGAACAUACGACAUGCAAUGGGUUAGCUCUAACUCAGCGGAGACUUUUGCAAAAGGGUUAAAAAAGAAAUUUCAUAUAAAGAGCAAGCGGAAAGUAUUCGUUAAAGCCAUUAAAGAGGCUCGCUCCUUUCUGGACAAUGGUAGUCUCUCAGAGGGCAUGACUCUAAGACCCCCUGACCCUGUCGAAGACGAUCAACCAGUCUCUGCUGACGUUCAGCUACCCAAAUCCGAACAAGACCCACCCACUAUUACUGUCGACCCACUCUUGUCGAACCACACCAGACACACAUGUACGAUCCCAACCACUUCUCACACCAACCCCCCUCUCUCUGGAUCUCGUCGUAGGAAAGGCUCCACCCCUCGUCGGCUCUCCUCUAGCUCAUCAGCACGCAGCAGUGAGGGAAGGGACACUCCCUCAGAGGUGAAAAAGGCCAAACUAGAUGACGACGGAGUGCAAGCAUUCACUUGUGCACCGUUGCCACUCUCAACGGGUGGUCAGCAGUGAGUGUGUGGGAACACGCGAGCCUGCAGGAAUCAAAAUCAUAAUUAUCACAAGUCAAGUUUUCCAAGAACUCAAACCAAUGCUACAAGAACGUCAUGAUUGUAUGUAGUAAUAUAAUAAUUAUUGUGAAUACUGAUUUAUUUAGCUUACCAUAAUUAUAGCUGUUUAUUUUCAA